AUGUCGCGGAACGUCGUGGACCAGGACUUCGGUUCUGACGAGGAGGAUGAUGACUUCAACCCCCAGGCUGCCAACGAUUCAGACGACGAGAGACCGAAGCCGACGUAUCAAAACCAGGACGAUGACGAUGACGACGACGAAGAUGUGAACGUUGGACGGUCGAAUCGAGGCGGUGAUGGAGGAAGACACCAGGUCGUGGAGGACGACGAGGAAGAGGAUGAGGAAGAAGAUGGCGAAAAUGAGGGCGAAGAUGACGAGGAGGAAGAAGAAGAGGAUGAAGAGGAGGAGGAUGUAUCAUCGAAUCGCCCGCGGAAACGAAGAAAACAACGAGGUGUGCACAACUUCAUUGAAGACGAGGCUGGUGUCGACGAGGAAGAAGAUGAGGCCGAAGAUGAGGAGGAUGAGUUGGCUGAAUUCGGUGGCGAGAUGCACCCUGACGAUAUGGACGCGCUGCCAGUCGGCGCCGAGACCGACGACCGUCGCCAUCGUCAGCUUGACCGUCAGCGUGAGAUGGAGGCGAGCAUGGAUGCAGAGAAACAGGCGCAGAUGCUCAAGGAGCGUUAUGGUCGGAAGAACGCUGCCGCCUCCGAUUCGGUCGUCGUUCCCAAGCGAUUGCUUCUGCCCAGUGUCGAGGAUCCCAGCAUCUGGGGUGUACGAUGCAAGCCAGGCAAGGAGCGUGAGGUUGUGUUUGCACUCCAGAAGCGUAUCGAAGAACGGCCCCCGGGCUCCCGCAAUCCGAUCAAGAUCAUGUCGGCUUUUGAGCGUGGAGGAGCUAUGAGCGGAUAUCUCUAUGUGGAGGCUCGCCGACAAGCCGAUGUCAUGGACGCGCUGCAGGAUAUGAGCAACGUCUACCCGAGGUCAAAGGUCAUCCUGGUUCCGGUGCGGGAGAUGCCUGAUCUAUUGCGAGUUCAGAAGUCCGAGGAGCUCACCCCUGGAGGAUGGGUCCGUAUCAAGCGUGGCAAAUACAUGAACGACUUGGCCCAGAUCGAGGAAGUCGAAACGAACGGUCUCGCUGUGACUGUGCGCCUGGUUCCGCGACUUGACUAUGGUAUGAACGAAGAUACCAGUGGACCGAUGGUUGACCCCAAGCGAAAGCGUCCCGGCGCGAAUCCCGCCGUUGCGCGGCCCCCUCAACGUCUGUUUAGUGAAGCGGAGGCCAAGAAGAAGCACGGAAAGUUUCUCUCUGCAACUUCGGGUCUUGGUGGCAAGUCAUGGAACUACCUGGGAGAGACCUACGUUGACGGUUUCAUGAUCAAGGACAUGAAAGUGCAACAUCUCAUUACGAAGAACGUCAACCCUCGACUGGAGGAAGUCACCAUGUUUGCUCGUGGCUCGGACGACGGAACCGCCAACUUGGAUCUGGCAUCUCUGGCUGAGACACUCAAGAACUCGACGGCUGAAGAUUCAUAUCUCCCUGGAGACCCUGUGGAAGUGUUCCGCGGUGAGCAGCAGGGCUUGGUUGGUCGCACGACUUCUACGCGAGGAGAUAUCGUUACUUUACAAGUCACGGAUGGUGUUCUACGGGGUCAAAUGAUUGAUGCACCCGUCAAAUCUCUUCGAAAGCGCUUCAGAGAAGGUGACCAUGUUAAGGUCAUUGGCGGCAGCAGAUAUCAAGAUGAACUGGGUAUGGUGGUCCAGGUCAAGGACGAUACUGUGACGUUGCUCAGCGACAUGAGUAUGCAGGAGAUCACUGUCUUCAGCAAGGAUCUCCGGCUGUCGGCCGAAACUGGCGUCGAUGGUAAACUGGGCAUGUUCGAUGUCCAUGAUCUCGUCCAACUUGAUGCUGCUACCGUUGCCUGUAUCGUAAAGGUUGAUCGUGAAUCGUUACGUGUUCUGGACCAAAACGGCUCCAUCCGUACGGUUCUUCCUACGCAAGUCACUAACAAGAUCACCCCCCGUCGAGAUGCCGUGGCCACCGAUCGUAACGGCGCAGAAAUCCGACAUGGAGAUACUGUCCGUGAGCUUCACGGAGAACAGAGGAAUGGUGUGAUUCUUCAUAUCCAUCGCUCGUUCCUGUUCCUGCAUAACAAGGCACAGGCCGAGAAUUCCGGCAUUGUCGUGGUGCGCUCGACCAAUGUUGUUACGGUGUCUGCCAAGGGAGGCCGAUCGACGGGGCCCGACCUUUCGAAAAUGAACCCGGCCUUAAUGGGCAAUCGUAUGCCUGGUGGCGGUGGCAUGGCCCCCCCCAAGAGCUUCGGACGAGACCGGAUGAUUGGAAAGACGGUCUUGGUCCGAAAGGGUCCCUUCAAGGGUCUCGUAGGUAUCGUCAAGGACUCGACGGAUGUUCAAGCCCGAGUGGAACUGCACUCCAAGAACAAGCUGGUCACUAUUGAGAAAGAACUCCUGGUCGUGAAGGACCCUAUUACCGGCCAGACGGUGGAAAUGGGCCGCGGCAGAGGAAGCCGUGUUCCUCACGGUGCAUCAGCAGCUCCGCCCUCCGGCUGGCAAGGAGGCCGUACCCCGAUGGCUGCUAUGGACUCAUCCCGAACACCCGCCUGGGGUGGUGCAAACUCAGCUCGCACACCGGCUUGGUCUGGUGUGAGUGGAUCUCGCACGCCCGCAUGGAAGAACGAUGGAUCGCGUACCUCCAACCCUUACGAUGGUAGUCGCACCGCCUAUGGCGGAGGAGGUCUCGGAUCUCGCACACCCGCCUGGAACGCCGGCGCACGAACACCGUACGACUCGGGAUCUGGAUCCAGCGGAUUCGAUGCCUUCGCCGCCGGAUCUCGGACUCCCGCCUGGGGCUCAUCAAACGCCGGAAAUCGCACGCCUGCCUGGUCCGGGGCCACGGCCAGCAACGGCAGCAGGGACCGCGGCUAUGACGCUCCUACGCCUGGAGCAUAUUCCGCCCCGACUCCGGGUGCUUACGGCUCCGCUCCGACCCCUGGCGCUUCCGCUCCCACGCCCGGAGCCUGGCCGGACAGCGCACCCACGCCGGGGGCCUUCAAUGCUCCCACACCCGGUGGCCCGCCCAAGCCAGGAGGAUAUGACGCGCCCACGCCAGCGGCGUUCGACGGAUCCAGCCGUCCGUACGACGCACCUACGCCAGCCAUGGGCGGGGUCUCGACGCCGGGAGCAGGCGCCUACGGAGAUGCCGAUGACGGGGGACCACGUUACGACGACGCAACUCCCAGCCCGUGA